CAAAACGUUGAAACCCAGGCCCAACCAGAGCCAGCGCCACCGCCAGAAAAUGUCCGCGCUCCAAUUCCAACCUCCAUUCCAAUCCCAUCUCAGCCUUGCUUCCUCCACUUCCCGCGUUCUCAGUCCUGGACGGAACUUUACCCUCCCGCGUCAGCUUCCUUCUCGUCGUCCACCUCUCCGCACCUCUUUCUCGCGGUACCCAAGAGCUUUCUCCGAUGACCCCGCCGCCGUUUCCGAUAAGCCUUCGAUUUGUACCGCCGACGAGCUCCACUAUGUGUCUAUACCUAAUUCUGAUUGGCGCCUUGCCCUUUGGCGCUAUCACCCUCCUCCUCAGGCUCCCCCUAGAAAUCACCCUCUGUUAUUAUUAUCUGGACUGGGGACUAAUGCCAUUGGAUAUGAUCUUUCUCCUGAGUCUUCAUUUGCGAGAUAUAUGUCUAGCCAAGGAUUUGACACAUGGAUUCUUGAAUUUCGUGGUGCCGGGCUGAGUGUGCAGACAUCAAACUUCAAAGACAUUAAGGAUGCUGAUCUAUCAUCUAAUCAGAUGGUAGCCAUGGCUCAGAGUGUGGCAAAUGGAGCUUCCCCUCAGAAACAGCCAACUGAUGUUUCUGGUUACAUAUUUGAUUCUGAGUUUUAUUUCCUUAGAGAAGAUUCAAUAGGGAUUGGAACGGCAUGGGAUGAAGCAAAAUUGGUUGCAGAGUUGACAGAAAUUUUCAUGCGUUUGUCUGAGGGACUUUCUGGCUUUCUCAGCGAAGGUCAAUCAAGACUUAUCUCGACUAAAUUAUUAGAUCAGAUAUCAAAAAUUUUGGAGGAUUCUCAAUUAUCUGAACGCUUUGAGGAGAUAAGGAUGAAGCUUUCCAACUUAUUGGGAGAACAACAGAACUCAGGUAUUGCUAGCCAAAUUAGAGAUCUGAGUCAAAGACUAGUAAAUAUUAUUGAGGGAGGCCAACAAUCUGUUUCACCCCAGUUCAUUGAUAUUCAAGAGAGGCUUUCUUCAACAAUAGAAGACUUUCAGAAACAACUUGACCUGAUUGUGAAAUACGAUUGGGAUUUUGAUCACUAUCUGGAGGAGGAUGUUCCUGCUGCGAUGGAAUACAUAAGGGAACGGACAAAGCCUAAGGACGGAAAACUGCUUGCAAUUGGUCACUCAAUGGGAGGAAUAUUGCUUUAUGCAAUGCUGUCACGGUGUGGUUCUGAAGGGAGGGAACCUGGAUUAAAUGCUGUUGCAACUAUGGCAUCAGCACUUGAUUACCGAUCUUCAAAGCCACUCAAAGUACUCUUACCUCUUGCAGAUCCUGCACAAGCACUUAAUGUCCCUGCUGUUCCAUUCGGAUCGUUACUGGCAGCUGCUUAUCCACUAGCAUCUCGUCCUCCUUACGUCUUGGGUUGGCUUAAUAGCCUAAUAUCAGCGGAGGACAUGAUGCAUCCAGAGUUGCUAGAAAAGCUCGUCUUAAAUAACUUCUGUACCAUACCAACCAAGCUUAUUUUUCAGCUCACAUCAGCUUUCGGAGAGAAGGGGUUAUGCGAUAGGAGUGGUAAAUUUUUCUACAGGGAUCAUCUAAAUAAAUGCAGUGUCCCCGUCCUGGCUAUUGCAGGGGAUCAAGAUCUGAUUUGCCCACCCGAGGCUGUAGAGGAAACUGUGAAGUUUUUCCCGGGGAAUUUGGCAACCUAUAAAAUAUUUGGAGAACAUCACGGUCCCCAUUAUGCACAUUAUGAUUUGGUGGGAGGACGACUGGCGAUGGAGCAAGUUUACCCAUGUAUUGUCCAGUUUCUUAGUCAUUAUGAUUGAACAUCUUUACAAAAGCUUGUGGGAGGUAACCAUUCAUUUUUUCCCCAAUGGUGUAUAAUCAUGAUCUCCUUUGUUGGUGAUCUUGGCAGCAUCAAAUAUGCUUGUUGCCAGUCACGGUUUAUUUUUAUGUGAUCGGGUGGAGAGAUUGUAAAUGAAACAAUUGAUUUCUCGGAUUCGGGUUUGACUUUCGGAUAUGAUAUAACUCAGUUAUAGAUAUGUUUACCUUUUUUAUUUGGAAGAUCCUUAAAGGGUCAUAUAUCCUAAGUUCAUGUCCAAACAUGUGCUGGACACAAAUGUUCAGUACAGGUAAUUUGGGGGGAAAAUGAAUGGUUUGAUCUUCAAAAUCCAGAACCGAACAUAUAGUAAUGUUUUGCAAUAGGUCCUCUGUUGUAUUGUUUAUGUAAAAUUAUGAGCAUGGGAACUGUAAUAUUGACACGUGUGUUGUUUUUGGAAA